AUGACAUUUCUUUCUUUUUCUCUCAAAACAUUUCUUUCUUCUUACUAUCUUUUGAAAACGUUUCUUUCUUUUUUUUCUUCGUUUCAAGACAUUUCUUUCUUCUUCUCUACUUUUUCUCUUCGGUUCAAAACUUUUCCUUCAUUUUCACUUUCUUUCAAAACUUUUCUUUCUUUUUCUCUUCGUCUCAAAACAUUUCUUUCUUCAUUUCUUUCUUUUUCUUUUUCUCUCAAAACAUUUAUUCUUUCUUACUACAUUUUGAAAACGUUUCUUUCUUUUUCUCUUCAUUUCAAGACAUUUCUUUCUUCUUCUCUACUUUUUCUCUUCGUUUUAAAACAUUUCUUUCGUCUUAAAACAUUUCUUUUUUCCUUGUUUUUUCUUCUUUCUUUCUUUUUCCCUUCACAUUUCUUUUUUUUCUCUAAAAACGUUUCUUUUCUUUCCUUCAUUUACUUUCUUUCCUUUUUUUUUGAAAACGUUUCUUUCUUUUUUCCUCGUUUCAAGACUUGUUUUUCUUUCUUCUCUUUUUUUGAAAUUUUUCUUUUCAAAUCAUUUUCUUUUUUUUCCUUCAUUUUCACUUUUUUUAAAACUUUUCUUUCUUUUUCUAUUCGUUUCAAAACAUUUCUUUCUUCUUCUUAA